UUUUGAACUCUUUCACCAAAGGAUGCUUAUACUCCAUGGAACAAUUGAUUGAAAAAAGAACGCAUUACGAUGGUAUGACUGUACACGAAAUCAUUAUGUAUAAGAAACUAUUUAAACAACAACAACAACGUAACGCACAGCAACCCCAUCAAGGUGAUGAAGAAGAUGAUGACAAUAGUGAUGUUGACGGUGAUGACAAUAGUGAUAUUGACAGUGAAGAUCAUGAAGGUGAUGAUGGUGACCAUGAUGGCGACAACUAUGCUGCUGCUUCUUCCUCUACUGCAACACGUUCAACAGUUUCAAAACAGUUAUCAGGGAACAAGCGUAAAAGACAACAAACUCGGCAAGAAAAAUCAAAGAAAAAACAAGCGUCCAUUGUUCGGAAGCAAUCAUCAUCCAAGCACUCUCUGACACCCUGCCCGGUAUGCCUAGAAAAACGUCGAUUUGACACCGCCUACUCUCACUCAAGAUCUACAAGCAAAUUAUGCCCGUUCCGACAGCCAAGCAGAAAAGAACGACUACGGCAGCAAGUGGGACAAACAAUGACCGUAUGUAGAAAGAUUGGACUGAACUCACUAUUAUCUAUUGACAAUCCUGAUCACAAACAAUUACUCAUUGAUCGACUGAACGAUGUGGCUACAUAUGCUCGCGAUGUUAUUGUGAAAUUACACCUUUUUAUAACUUACUUUGUAUACCACAAGCUCAAUGAUGGAGAAAUCAUCAACAAACAAAUCUUCACCAAAAGCUUUUUUUAUUCGGUAUUUCAAAUCGUUACUGGCGGCACCAUCACCACGAACAACACCAUCGAUCAUCAUUUGGCAGAAGAAAUCCGACGACAAUACAAUAGCAUGAACCCCACUGAAGCGCAGGUGCAACGAUUCAAAGUCAAAAAGAUCCAUGGCGGCAAUGGAUAUUCCGAAGUCAUCUCAUCACUAUUGGACCAGUAUGUUUCGGCCUUUGUGAAUAGAAUCGAAAGUGACAUGACACAGUGGAUGGCGAAUCAAUAUUCCUUACAUGUUCGUCAUCAAUUACAACAACAUCAACGUCAGCCACCAUCUCAACCACCUCAACAUCAAGAACAAGAAUCUCAAGAUCAAACUCUGAGCAAAGUGGAUGCAGACAAACUUGGGCUAUAUAUUCUUGAAACUGUCAUGCACAAUCCUGAUUUCCCGCCACGAUUACCAAAAAUACUUUCUGAUGGUGAAAACGAUGUCCUCAAAGAAUGCGUCGCUACAGUUUUGGAUGAAGCCCGUGUUGAUCUAUUAGUGAUAUAUAAUCUGGCCAACUUGGAAGCGCAUAUGGAUACAAGUCGCCGCCUGCUGGAACGCUCUUAUCGUAGUCUCCAAGAACGAAUUGUAAACCGCCAAAAUGGGAUGCGAAUUCUUAUGCGAAAUGGGCUAGAUCAGUUACAAGAAUUACAGGAAACCUUAGACACCUCAAACAAUUUACAACUUCUACCUGGAAUCAUACGUCUUUCAGAGGUUUUACUAGCAAAUCUCAUUGGUCAUCAACGUUCUGUGCGUCUUAUAAUGCAAGUGGCAACAAAUCUAGGAUUACAGGAACUUGUCUCUGGUGAUAUCAAUCAAUCUUUUGGUGAUCAUGUUAUACGGCGUUUACAGGACUCUCUUCCUGUGCAACAACAGGCAGUCAAUGAUAAUGAUUUAGUUGGAAACAAUGAUUUGGACACUUUGAAUAUUGUAGGAAGCCUGGAAGCCAUGGCAUUGCAAAUACAAGGGUUCAAUGACCGGUUGAUGGAACAGCAACGUAUGUACGAUAUGAUUGAUCGCCAAUAUACAGCCGCUAUGGGAAGAUAUUACGCCAACAACGAUCUGGGAAAUAGACAAGUGCUUCAUGACAUUCAUCACUAUUGCGAACAGAGCAACACAGUCAUUAUUCAAGAAAAUGAUCUACCAUCGUUGACACCAGCAUACAUUGCAGGCCAUUGUCACUUAUUUAGCAAGUACGGAUUCAACAUUGCAAAGUAUAUGAAUUCAUUCAACGAGGAUCAAAUACGCGUUGCCAGUCUGGUAAUGCAAAGUGCUCCACGGUCAUGGUGUUACAGCGUCAUUCGGGAAUUAGAAGAAUUCAAGCACAUGGGACGACGGCGACGGUCAUCUUUAGCGCGAUUUUUAGAUAAGGCUAUCAAUAACGACGAACAAUUGGAUAACUCUAGACUCAAUUAUCUGUCUCAAGAAUCAUUGGAAAACCUGGAAACGAUCAUCACGGAUACUAAACAUCAAAUCAACAAUUCCAAAAUUUACUUGAAUGACCCUGAUAACAACGAUCAACUUUUUGACGAUUGUUUCAAACCUGAGCUACACCAUGUCGUAAAACAGCAACGGUUAUUUAAUCUUGUGCCAAAACCUUCAGUCAUGAAAAAAUAUAUCAAGAUCUCCAACCAGGUUAGGCUGUCGCUUUUACGUACCCCAGGUCUAGAUGUGUACAGAAAUGGCGAGCAAACUCUUUCUGGUGUUUUGAAUCUUUCGAAAAUAAAGAAACAUAAUGAUAUGGUCUUCGCAGGAUUUAUUUGGACGGAUGGGUUUGCGGUCUCAAUUCCAUAUGACAGACCAAUGUCUUUGCAACAAUUGCCUCGAUUGGUACCAGCUGAUUUUGAAGAAUGGGAAUUGAAGUACUUUACGAUAUGGGGUGCCGAUCCUGGAGUUACAAGCAUCUACGUUGCUAGUGAUGGUAGUAGUGAUGCAGUUUAUAAUCAAGCAAUGAACAAUGAGGGUAGGUGGCAUUAAAUUUUAAACACGUACAUCUUUAUUUACCUUUUUUUUUUUUUUUUUUUUUUUU